UAACCCCUGGUUCACAUCCGUGCGGGCACGAGAUUUGCGCGGGCACAAGAGCCCAUUCAUUUGAAUGGACUCCAGUGCCCCGGGACACGCAGGGAAGAAGUCCUUGGCCUACUUUGGAAAUCGCAGCCCGCACGGGAACCGAGGUUCCCAGUAUAGUUGUGAUUUGCAGUGCGGACGGCCUGCCAUUAGAAUUAAUGGCACCCGCCUGCAGGUCCGCAUUCCUCUGUGUGGGUGGUGGGGCUGCAGGUAUUUGUGCGGGUCCCACAGCCGCACCACCCGCACAGAUGUGAACCAGGGGUUAGAGCCGGUUCACACCAUAGAAACACAGUCCAGAUGUGUUUUGGAUGUGUUUAUGUAUGCACGUGUUUGAUGCUGCAUUUUUGAUCCAAUUCAGUUAAUUAUUUCCCCUCUCUUUUUCUUCAAUUUA